ACCAAGGCGGCGAUAUUUUGACGAAACGUAAUUAAAGAAGAACACGAGAAAUUGAACUAGCCGUUGGCAAGUCCGGAAUUCAAAAUCCAAUUAAUCGGCCUCCCCCGUUCUCUCUGUCACUUUCUCAACGCCUAAAAUCCGCUUUUUCUAUUCUUUCCAUAUCUCUCUCUCUUUCUCAGGUUUUCACUCUGCUUGAUUAUUGGAUCCAUUUCCAAAACCAAAUCUGCUCCAAAACUAAGGUAUUUGAUUUUGGGCUACAAAGAAAUCACCAGUGGCAUCGUUGAGUCAGAAGUUGAUUUGUUUCCUUAGGCCUCUCCUUGAGAGUCCUUAAGCUUGCCCUUUUCAGUGGUCUAUUCAAUUUUUCUUCUCUGACCAUCAAUCAGAAUGACAGUCAUUAAAACCCCUGGCACCCCUGCUUCAAAAAUGGACAGGACACCUGCAGGGACCCCCCAGCAUGGUGGUCACAGAGCAAAAGAGGAGAAAAUUGUUGUUACUGUGAGGUUAAGGCCUCUGAACAAAAGGGAGCAAUCGGCAAAAGAUCACAUUUCGUGGCAGUGUCUCGAUGAUCAAACAAUAGUGUACAAACCUGGACCCCUGGAGAGGAUAGCUCAACCAGCCAUGUUUACAUUUGAUAAAGUCUUCGGUCCUGAGAGCUUAACUGAAAGUGUAUAUGAAGAAGGAGUAAAAAAUGUUGCUUUGUCUGCUUUAAUGGGAAUCAAUGCUACAAUAUUCGCAUACGGGCAGACUAGUAGUGGAAAAACCUACACAAUGCGAGGGAUUACAGAGAAGGCUGUGAAUGAUAUCUACAUGCACAUUUUGAAUACUCCAGAAAGAGAAUUCAGGAUAAAGAUAUCUGGGCUUGAAAUCUACAAUGAAAAUGUUCGGGAUUUGUUGAAUUCAGAAUCUGGCAGGAAUCUUAAGCUUUUAGACGAUCCAGAGAAAGGAACCAUGGUUGAGAAACUUGUUGAAGAAUCAGUUAGUGAUGAUCAGCAUCUAAGAAAACUAAUCAGUGUAUGUGAGGCACAAAGGCAAGUUGGCGAGACUGCCCUAAAUGACACUAGUUCAAGAUCGCAUCAGAUUAUCAGGCUGACCAUAGAAAGCACUCUUCGUGAAAGUGCAGAAUGUGUGCGAUCCUAUGUUGCAAGCUUGAACUUUGUUGACCUGGCUGGAAGUGAAAGAGCAUCUCAGACAAAUGCAGAUGGUGCUAGGCUCAGAGAAGGCUGCCAUAUCAACCUUAGCUUGAUGACUCUUACCACUGUGAUCAGGAAGCUCAGUGUGGGAAAAAGAAGUGGCCACAUUCCCUACAGAGAUUCAAAGCUGACACGCAUUUUGCAGCAUUCACUUGGAGGAAAUGCUAGAACAGCCAUCAUAUGCACUUUGAGUCCGGCGUCUAGUCAUGUCGAGCAAACGCGCAACACUCUUCUUUUUGCUACACGUGCAAAGGAAGUGACAAAUAGUGCUCAAGUGAACAUGGUGGUUUCAGAAAAACAGUUAGUUAAGCAUCUGCAAAAGGAAGUAGCCAGAUUAGAGGCAGAACUGCGCACACCUGACCCAUCAAAUGAGAAAGAUCUGAAAAUUCGUCAGAUGGAGAUGGAGAUUGAAGAAUUGAGGCGCCAAAGGGAUCUUGCAAAGACAGAAGUAGAUGAUCUGCGCCGGAAAUUACAGGAGGACCAGAGGUUGAAGAUUUCGGAGUUAUCAAGCCCUGUAGCAAAGAAAUGCCUCUCAUUUUCUGCAGUACUAUCACCAAUGGAGGGAAAAGAGCUAGGCCGUGGGGAUAGAAAUAGGAAUACUAUGGGUAGACAGACGAUGAGGCAAUCAUCAACUGCCCCUUUCACCCUAAUGCAUGAAAUUAGGAAGCUUGAACACCUGCAGGAGCAGCUUGGAGAUGAAGCCAAUCGAGCAUUGGAAAUAUUACAGAAAGAGGUAGCUUGCCACAGGUUGGGCAACCAAGAUGCUGCAGAGACAAUUGCUAAGCUGCAAGCCGAGAUAAGGGAGAUUCGUUCGGUCAAACCUGCUCCUAAGAAAGUUGAAGUCAGCGGUGGUCUUGCUGUGAAUAAGAGUGUCAGUGCAAACCUGAAGGAUGAGAUAACCAGACUUCACUCACAAGGAAGUACAAUUGCAGAUCUUGAAGAACAGCUUGAAAAUGUUCAGAAGUCAAUUGACAAACUAGUAAUGUCGCUUCCAACCAACAAUGAUCAUCAAGAAGCUGAUACAGAUUCGCCACUGAAGACCAAGAGUCAAGCAAAAAAGAAAAAGUUGCUUCCACUUGCUUCAAGCAAUGCUGCGAACAGGCAGAACUUCUUAAGAUCCCCUUGCUCUCCUCUGUCAGCAACUAAAGAUGUAGUAGACAAUGACAUUGAAAACCAAGCUCCUCAAUAUGAUGAUGUUGUGUCCACUGAAACUCAGUUGACGGAGAAAGAAACACCUACAAAGAGUGAAGAUGGUGGAGAUAUCUCAUCAAAGGAAGGAACUCCCUACCGUCGUUCAAGUUCUGUUAACAUGAGGAAAAUGCAAAAGAUGUUUCAGAAUGCAGCAGAAGAAAAUGUUAGAAGCAUAAAAGCAUAUGUUACUGAACUUAAAGAGCGUGUUGCCAAGCUCCAAUACCAAAAGCAGCUUCUUGUGUGUCAGGUAGCUUGCUUUCAGAUUUAAUUUCUCUUGAGCCCAGUUUCUCUUGAAAUCUGUAUUUGGUUUAUCUGUAACCUUUUGGAACUCCAAUUUGGUUUCAGGUUCUUGAGCUGGAAGCAAAUGAAGCAGCAGGAUAUGAAAUGGAAAAUGAGGAGGACCUUCCCCCAAUCCAGCAGGAAUCCCCUGCAUCUUGGCAAGCAAUUUUCAGGGAGCAAAGACAACAGAUUAUUGAACUGUGGGAUGUUUGCCAUGUCUCCAUUAUUCAUAGGACGCAAUUUUACCUACUAUUCAAAGGUGACCCUGCUGAUCAGAUAUACAUGGAAGUGGAACUCCGGCGUUUGACUUGGCUACAACAACACCUAGCAGAGAUUGGAAAUGCAAGCCCUGCUCCUCGUGUUGGAAAUGAACCUACAGUCUCCUUGUCAAACAGGUUUGAUAAUAUUUUUUUCAAUCAUGAACAUUUUGUAACAAUGGCUUUACAUUUGAGGCUGAACAUUUUUCUGUGAUGCGCAGCCUUAGAGAAUUGAAGAGGGAAAGGGAGUUCCUUGCAAAGAGGUUGAAGCGUUUGUCUGAGGAAGAAAGGGAAGCGUUAUACAUUAAAUGGGAAGUUCCACUAGAAGGACAGCAGAGAAGAAUUCAGUUCAUCAACAAAUUGUGGAGAAAUCCACACGACGAAAGGCAUGUUCAAGAGAGCGCCGAGAUAGUUGCUAGGCUUGUGGGAUUGUGUGAGAGUGGAAAGAUAUCAAAAGAAAUGUUUGAACUCAAUUUUGUGCUUCCAUCUAACAAGAAUCCGUGGAUGGUUGGGUGGAACCAAAUCACAGAUCUCCUUCAUCUGUGAAGACUUCAAUAUUCUUUUUCUCCUUUUGUAAUUAAAUUGUGAUACCAUCUUACAUUACAUUGAAAGAAGCCUUAUAUAUGAAAUUACUCUUGACAACAUCUCUUUGAUUGUUGUUCCAACUUCCAAGUAAGAAUUCAGUUGUUCCAGUUUUC